AAUCAUCUUUUUCUUCAUCAGAACAACAACAACAUAACAAGUGAUCAGUUUUCUUUUACUUUCUCUCUCAACUUCCAAUUCUAAUGAAACAUGUUCUCUCUCUCAAUGAAAUUCUCUCUCAACAUAAAUCAACAUGAACAAUUAUUUUUCUACUCUUUUUGAUUGUUACAAUUUACAUUCUUCUACCUUGGUGUGAACUUUAAUUUUCGUUUCUUAUCAACGCUCACAUUUUAUCUUCUUUCUCUUCAUCUCUUUUCUCCUUCUCAUCAUCAUCAUCCUUUUCUCUCUCUCUGCUUCUUACUUUGUGUCUCUUUCUCUGUGUCUGCCUGUCUGUCUAUCAUCUCUUGUAGUUUCUCCUUUUUUGGUUAAGGUUAGCCCAUCAUCUCAAUUUGGGUUUUCUCUUCCCUCUCUCACUCACUCACUCACACAGUCACUUUCUCUCUCUUCUCUUCUCUUUCAUCCUGCUCUCUUUGUGUACCUCAAUUUCUUGUGAUCUUUUCUUCAUCUUCAAUUUACCCUCAUCUUGGUGAUAACAAAUUUCUAAUCUAAUUUUUCACUCGAAUAAUUAACAUGCUGGUCAAUUUAAACUUCUCAAUUACUUAUUGAGAAUCAAAUCCAAGGAGUAGAAACAAUGUUACAAGUUUACAAUUUAAUGGAAAGUGAACCAAAGCCUUUUCCCUCUUGUUUUCCAUUGUCAACUUUAAUUGGCAAAAUUACAUUAUUAUUCUUCAAGUGAAGUGUUGAUUAUUUUCUGUUGUAUUAUUAUUUUUCUCUUUAUUUUGAAUCUUCCUCAUCUCUACCAUAAGAAAGAAGAAGGUGAAGAGAACAGACAAACAAAAAACCAAAACAAAGAAAUUUCAAUUCACCACCAAGAAGAAAUAAUUUCCAAUCACUUUAUUCUGCCCUUCAUCAUAAUCUUCAUCAUCUUUCAUCGUGAUUUUUGCCUCUUUUCCCUGUUAUUCUUUUUACUACUGUUUAAUUGUUGGAACUUGGAACAAAAGCAUCAAUUAUUCGGUAAAUUAUCUACUUGCAACACUUCGCAAUAAUAAUAAUUACUCUUCUAUCUUAAUCUGCAAUAAACACACACACACCAUACAAAAGGAGUAUAUAAAUUGUAUAUAAAGAUCUACUCAUCAAAAAGUCAAGCAUAAAAAAGACAAAGGAAUAAGAAUAAAAGGAAAAGUAAAGGAUUCAUCCAGGAUCGACAAUAAAUCACCAUGGAUCAUUCAGUGAAAGCAAUGACAAAUAAUCACCGUAAAGUUGCCUUUUCCCGAUUAUUGAAUCGUGAUCGUUUUGAAAACUCUGAACUUGAAUCACUUUAUCAGAGAUACAUUUUUAAGCUCAAUCAAUCAUCAAUUCUAAGUGUUCUACUUUUAUUCUCUUUAUUAACCUUUACUUUAUCCAUCCUUGAAUUUUACUUUUACAAGAAAAUUACCGUUAUCGGUUUCUUUUGUGCUCUUCAGUGUAUUACCUUUGUUGGUUUGUUCAUUUUAAGUCACACCAAAGCCAUGGAAGAUGAUCAUCUGAUUAGUGUUUGUUAUACAAUUAUCACCGCUUGUUUACUCUUCUGUCUUCUCUAUGCACCCAUAGAUAUUAAACUACGACAUCCCUGGUUAGGUAAUUCUUGGUGGGAUCGAGGUCAUAAUGCUGCCGAAGGCGUUUGGCAAAUAGUUCUAGUUGUUUUCAUUGUUUACACUUUGUUACCCAUUAAAACCCGAUACGCAGUUCUAAUUGGGAUUUUACUGCCUUCUGUUCAUAUGGUCAUUGUAAUUCUGAUGGCCAAUACAUUUAUCGAGUAUAAAAUUCAAGCUCUUUGGGCUAAUGGUUUAAUAUUUACCUGUGUUAAUAUGGUUGGAUUGUUUGUUAAUCACCUGAUGGAACAUGCUGGACGAAAGGCUUUUCUUAACACUCGUAAUUGUAUCAGUGCUCGUUUGGAGAUGGAAGAUGAGAAUGAAAAAUUGGAAAGGUUACUUCUUAGUGUUUUACCUCAACAUGUAGCCAUGGAAAUGAAAGCCGAUAUUUUGGCCCCCAAAGAAUCUGGACAAUUUCAUAAAAUUUACAUUCAAAAGCAUGAAAAUGUUAGCAUUUUAUUUGCUGAUAUUGUUGGUUUUACUGUUCUAGCAUCACAUUGUAAUGCGUCUGAUCUUGUCCGUUUAUUGAACGAGUUAUUUGGACGCUUCGAUCAACUAGCAAAUGAUAAUCAUUGUUUAAGAAUUAAAAUUCUUGGAGAUUGUUAUUAUUGUGUUUCUGGUUUACCUGAUCCAAGGUCAGAUCAUGCUCAUUGUGCCGUUGAAAUGGGACUAGAUAUGAUCGAUGCAAUUGCAUCGGUUGUUGAAGCAACUGACGUACAAUUAAACAUGAGGGUUGGUAUUCACACAGGUAGAGUUUUGUGCGGUGUUAUUGGCCUGAGAAAGUGGCAAUACGAUGUUUGGUCUAACGAUGUUACCCUAGCUAAUGCAAUGGAAGCCGCCGGUGAACCAGGUAGAGUUCACAUCACCCAAUCAACUUAUGAUUGUCUACACAAUGAAUAUGAAGUAGAACCUGCUGCUGGAUCAGAUAGAAAUCCAACUUUAAGGAAACACAAUGUCGUCACUUAUUUCAUUGUACCAUCGCAACAACGGCGUAAACCAUUACUUUUCAACACUCUUCAAGUUCGCCAUCUUGCUGGAACUGCGAGCCGUCGGAAGUUGUCUUUCAAAAAUGUUUCCAGUGUUCUUGUUCAGUUACUUCAUUCAAUCAAAUUCAAUGUUGACGUUCCCUUUUCAAACAUGGCUAUGGUAUCAUCAGGAAAUAUGCAAAAUGAAUCAACUCUGGAUGAUCAAUUAUCCAACAAAAAGCAAAAAAUGACAGAUAAACUCCGGAAACCAUUUAAAAAGCGUCACUCAGCAACUCAUCAUCAGGCAACCAAUCGUGUUAACAAAUAUCUAUCUCAAGCAAUCGAAGCUCGAAGUGUAGACCGAGAAAAGUCAACAAACGUCAAUUGGUUUACAUUAUGUUUCAAAGACAGAAUAAAAGAGAGACAAUAUCAUGAAAACAAAGACCAUGGAUUCGGGAUGUCACUAUCAUGUGCACUUGCAAUUCUCAUCAUGUUAACCGCUGUUCAAGUUGUCAUCCUCCCCAGAACCGUAAUGUUGAUUUUCCUAUUUGUUGCUGCCUUCAUUUGGCUCGCAACUUUAUUAAUUAUGAUGUUGGCUGCACGAUUAAGGUGUAUGCGAAAAGAUAUAGCCAAAUAUUUCCUAAUGAGAUUGGGAAUCAUGAUAUUUACCGUUGUGAUAAUUUACGCUGUUGCACAAGUUAAUGUGUUUUCCUGUCUAGAGGAGCCUCGAUGUGAUAUCAACUCAACGAUCGCAAUUCCUAAGCCAUUUAUGCAAGAUCAUCGAAUCUGCCCUCUCCCCCAAUAUAUUGUUCUAAGCUGUGUUAUUGCAUUUCUACCAUUGGUUGUAUUCCUAAGACUUCCAGUUCUACUUAAAGGAGCAUUGAUAAUUCCAAUGGCUGCUGUUUUCUUAUUAGUAAUUGAAUUAACUCACACUCAGUUAUUCACUUGUUACGAUUUAAGGGUUGGAUCAAUCAUACCCAUGGAUAUUGUUGGUAUCGUUGUGAUUAUUAUCUUUUCAAUUGCUGUUCUUAUUCAUGGGCGACAAGUUGAGUGGACAUCAAGACUUGAUUUCCUCUGGAAUGCUCAGGCUAAUGAGGAAAAAAUUGAAAUGCAUGAAUUACAAGAUAGCAAUCGACGGAUUUUAUUCAAUUUAUUACCUGCUCAUGUGGCUACUCAUUUUCUUGAUAAUCAAUUACGUAAUAAUAUGGAGCUUUAUAGUCAUUCAUAUAAUAAAAUAGGAGUUAUGUUUGCAUCGAUUCCCAAUUUUCAUGAGUUUUACGUUGAAAUGGAUGGAAAUAAUCAAGGGGUUGAGUGCCUUCGUUUACUCAAUGAGAUUAUUGCUGAUUUUGAUGAGAUAUUGAAAAAAGAUUCUUAUCGAAGUAUUGACAAGAUUAAAACUGUUGGUUCUACUUAUAUGGCCGCCGUUGGUCUGAUACCUGAACACCGAAUACCUGAUAAAGAUGAUGCGAUUGCCGCUGAAUACAUGAGCCUAUUAGUUGAUGUUGUUUUCGACAUGAAAGAUAAACUUAAGGAUAUUAAUGAAAACUCAUAUAAUAAUUUUAUGCUUCGAGUGGGUCUCAAUGUUGGCCCAGUUGUGGCCGGUGUUAUUGGAGCUCGAAAACCUCAAUAUGAUAUUUGGGGUAAUACAGUUAAUGUCGCAAGUCGUAUGGAUUCAACAAGUUUACCUAAUCACACUCAAUGUACUGAGGAUGUUUACAUGUUACUUAAAGAUUAUCCUUACACCUUUCAAUGUCGUGGAACUGUUAAUGUUAAAGGAAAAGGCGAAAUGACCACAUACUUUUUGAUUGACCGUCAACGAUUUGGUUACAAUGGUCGAGCCAAUUACCUUCCUCAGGUGUCUAAUUUUGAUAAUGAAAAUGGUUCGGGUACCAAUAAUAAUAAUAACAAUAAUAAUUCAAGUAGUGGACGAGAGACUAGUGAAAAUGGUUCAAUGUCCAGAGCAAUUAAAUCAGGGCGACAUGGAUUCAAUGGACAUGAAUCAAUAAAUCAAUCCAAUGGUCCACGUCCACUGGUCGGAACCGGGGGUUCAGAUGAUCAACAACAAGGAAAUAAUGAUGUUAAUACUCAAGCGAAAAUGUUGUUACCCGGUGGACAAUCAGGAAAAUACUCAAUUGAAAAUAAUAGCAACUCUAAUUCAAGGAAACAAAGUCAACAACAGCUACAAGGUGCAUCUACAUCGUCCAUGGAUGAAAUUGAUUCUCUACAAUUUGCCGCUAUAGCGAAUCUUAAUCAAGAACUAAUUAACCGAACCAAGGCUAAUCUCAGUCUAUUUAAAAGGCCUUUACCUAAUCUUCCACCCACAAUUGAAGAAUCUCCUAAAAGUGAUAUGAUUUCAUCUGAAACUUCAUCUCCAAUGCUCAAAACUCACCCAAAUUUGUGGGAAAAUCAACAAAGACACUCUAUUGAUAUUGGACCAUCGUCUUCGAAAAAUGUUCCAACCACAUCUUCUAAUCAUCAUCAUCCAUCAUCAAAUGGUUCAUCUUCCCAAUCGGCCAGAAAACUUAACACAACAACAAUUCACAAUCAAACCUAUGGGGACUCAUUUGACUUAACAGAACUUAAUUUACUUAAUCCAAAUCGUCUUCAGGGUGAAAAACCCGAUGUGACAAUAAUUAACAUGCCAAAUGAAUUGUCAUUACACAACCAUAAACCUUUUGCUCGUCCAUCUUCCGGUGAUGGAUCUUCAUUUUAUCAGAUAUCAUCUUCCUCAUCUUCAUCUGAGACUUCAUUAUCUCCCUCUUCAUCUCCUUCUUCAAGUUUAUUUAAUCGAGGUGAUAAUCCAGAUGAUUCUGAACAUUGUACUACUAAUUGUAGCGAUGAAGAAGAUGUAAAUCCUUCCAAUAAUCGCCUUUCUAAUGAUUCGAGUAACUUGAAAUGGGUUUAUCCCAAUGAUGUUAAUCGGCAAGAAAUCAAUGCUCAUGAAGGAGAGGAAAUAGAUGUAGAUGAUUAUGAUUACGAAGAUGAUGAAACUGGAAGAUUAACUCGAGACGAAUCUUCAUAUUCAAUUGAUUGUAAUCCAUCUCAAUCAAUUUCUUUCAAUUCUAAACCUAGGAUGGAUUCUUCAUGUCAAACUGACCCUUCGUUUCUUGUAUCAAGUCAUUCUCGUCAUCAUCAACAGCAUUCCCAACAACACCCAAACCAUUAUCAUCAUAAUCAUCAUCAUCAACAAUCAAAUCAUCAUCCGAGAAAUUCACUUGAUUUUACUGGUUCUCUUCAUGAUUCUAAAUCAUCUCGACCAUCAAAAGAAUUAAAUACAAAUAGUGGUAGACGUCGAUCGAAAGCUAAUAAAAGAUCAGACAAUCGUCGAACUGGAACUGCAGUCGGUGGAGUGUCCAGUCUAUGGAAAAACGAUAAGAAAGAUGGACUAGCACCUUUGCUGGGGAAAAAAUAUUCGAGCCACGAGAUGAACCCUAACGAUACCGUUACCGAUACCGACAAUGAGGAAAAUGAUUUAGAGUCAGAUGAAUAUGGAUUAGAUAAUAAUAUCGGUUAUGCUAAACCAAAUCCAAUUUCUAAGGUCAAUUCCGAAGGCUCCAAUUAUCAAUUACGAAACUCAUCUAAGUUACGAAAAGGAUCUUUACCUGAUUUCAAAAGUACCAAUAAGCCGAUCGCUAGUAACCAUUUUGAUAAUAGUGUUAAAUCAAAUCGUCCAAAGAUGCAUUCAUUUGAUUAUUUUGAUGAGCCAAGUUCAUCAAAAUCUCAUCAUAAUGCUAGAGAUUUAAGUCCAUUAAUUGACCAUCAUUCACCUGAAUAUAAUAAUAAAGAGGAUGGUGAUGAUGAUUACAAUUUAUCUGAAUCUGGAGCUGUUGGAUUUACUAAUCAACCUGACGGACAUUCACAAAUUGUUGCCCAAAUGAUUAAACCUGAUUUAUUUGAACAUUUAACUCAUCAUAUGCCAGAGAAAUCACUUUAUUCUGUUAAUUAUAUUGGAGAAAAGGGUAAAUCAUUCAAUGUUGAUAGUUUAAUCAACUCUCCAGUUAACUCACCAAAAUUAAUGGAAUCAGGAGCUGUUAAAAAACAAUUUUCAAUCGAGGAUCUUAAUGACAUCUCAACGACAAGUAAUUCGUAUCAAAGUGAGCUAAUUAAUCUUGAUUCGAGUCCGAAGAUAAGAAAACCAUUGGCUUAUCGAUUUAUGGUUAAUCAUCAAUACCAGGAAGAUGAUAAUUCAAAUUCAAGAAGUGACCGGACACUUGGCAAUGAAGAUGAUAAUACAGCCUCUCGAACAUCAAAUUUAACUACCAAAGAAUCAGAAUUGGAAUUAUUAGAUUCUGAAUUUACUUCUGCCCUUGAUGCCCAUCAAGAGACUGAAUUUGAUGUUGAUGAUGAGGAGAAGACUCAAGGAGAAAAUGUCGUUAGUGAUAACGAAAGUGGUGAAAUUGAUGAAGAUGAAGCUCCAGAUGAUGAGCCAGGACUUGAUGUUGACGAAUCAGAAAAUAGGGCGAACGUUAAUUGUAAUAUUGAUCUUGGAGAUGAAUGUGAAGGAGAUGAUGAAGAUGAUGAUAAUCAUUUACGACAAGUUGACAAUUUACUUUUAACUCGAACCAAUGAGAUACGUAAACAAAAUGCUGAAGCAGCGAGUGAUGCUGAUGAUGAGAAUGAUGAUCGAAAUGAGAUUAACAAUGGACGUCGAUUGGGACGAAUCAAUAAUAAGCCUGGAAUUGGGAUAAACAAUAUUCCAUCACUUCCGGUAAUUAAUGAUGGCCCUGGAAUCAUGAGUGACGCUAAUUCAGUUUGUAAUGAUGCUGGAAAUGAAGGUGACAUUGAUGAUACAAGUUUAUCUUCACGAGCAAGUUCAAGGAUUUUCAAUGAAUGUGAUCAAUGUUUUGAAAAUAAUUAUCAAUCUGAUUCGGAAAACAAUCAACAACAACUCCAACAACAAGAACCAGAUCAACAUAAUUGUAUCGUGAUUCCUAGUCCAAUGUUAAAUCACCGAGAUGUUUAUGAUUGUGAGGCUUCAAGUGAUUUCGAGAUUAAUUAUUUUAAUGAUAACAAUUUACCGUAUGCAAAUCAAUCAUCUCUUGGUGGACAAUUAGGAGAUGGACCUCAAUUAAAUAAGCAAUUGGUUGCAAUUAGUAACGAUAAUAGAGCAAAUAAUUUACUCAACUGUCUUUCAGAAUCAAAUACAACAGCUAAUUGUAAUAAUUUACUGAUGAACAAUUAUGACCCAGAUAAUGAUGAUCAUUUUAAUCAACUGGAAUAUGGUAAAUUAAAUGGUCAACCAUCACAACUGGAGGAGCAAAAGUAUUCACCAAAUCAUAACGAUAAUAAAACUCAAGUUGAUUAAGUUGAUCAUAUUAAUACUUUGUACAGAAUCACUUGAUCAUCAUCUUCCCUUUUAAUCACCAAAAUUGUGAUUUAUCAUCAUACUCACCAAGAAAUGUUCAUCAAUGUGCCAAUCAAGUUGAAGUAAUUUAACAAUUAGCUUAACGGAAAUCUAAGGUCUAAAACAAAUUCAUUCUAAUCAUCAUUAUAACUUCAUCUCAAACGAUAGUUUAAAUCAUUAUAUUUAUAAUUGUCAUUGUCAUUUGAUUCUCAUCAAUCAAUUUUUUUAUUCCAAAACCUUUUUGUUUGCAAGAAAAAAAAACUCAAACAAUUAGCAUAACAAACAAAUGUAACAAAAACUGUUUAAUCAAAUGAUUGCAACAACAAUUUGUGAAUCAUUGCCUGAACAUCAAUAAGACUGAAUAAACAUACACAAUUAAUAAAUUGCCUAAAGGUAAAUUGAAACCUAA